GGAAAAGAGUCGAAACGAUCGUGAAGAGAAAGCCAGAGUGACAGAAAGAGGGGGUCGCGGUAACAAUGAGCUCCACGGGAGGCGAGAUGCGCGCAUAGAAGAGCGGAGCUGCGGUGCUGGGGGCGUGUGGGAAUCCACGCGGGAUCCGGAGCCAGAGGCGAACCGAGCAGCCACAGCAGAGUCCGCAGACCAGCAAGCACAGCAGCCCCUUACACGAGCGACCCCCGCAAUGGAGGAUCUUUGCGAGAUGGACUGCCCAGUGCUCAAGCGGCUCCUGAAGGAAGACGGUAACCGGUGCCUGCUGCUCGACUGCCGCUCCUUCCUCGCCUACAGCGCUGGGCACAUCCGCGGAGCCGUCAACGCCCGCUGCAACACCAUCGUGCGCCGCAGGGCCAAGGGCUCCGUGCUGAGCCUGGACCAGGUACUCGCCGGGGAUGACGAGGUGCGGGCCCGCCUGCGCUCCGGGAUGUAUUCGGCCGUCGUGCUGUACGACGAGAGGACGCCCGACGCGGACUCGGUGAAGGAGGACAGCACCGUCAGUUUAGUGCUGCACGCGCUGUGCGGGGACUCCACGGACACGCACAUCUAUUUUCUCAAAGGUGGCUACGACCGGUUCUUCUCCGAGUACCCCGAGUUUUGUUUAAAGACCAAAUCCUUGCCCCCGCUCACAAGCCAGUCCAGCGUGGACUCGUCAUGCUCAUCCUGCGGGACGCCGCACCACGAUCAGGCUGGACCUGUUGAGAUCCUCCCAUUUCUCUACCUGGGCAGUGCUCUCCACGCCUCCAAAAAGGAAGUCCUAGACGCCAUCGGCAUCUCGGCGCUGCUCAACGUGUCGUCCGACUGUCCCAACCACUUUGAGGGAGCGUACCAGUACAAAUGCAUCCCCGUGGAGGACAACCACAAAGAAGACAUCAGCUGCUGGUUUCUGGAGGCCAUCGAGUUCAUCGACUCCGUGCGUGACUCGAGCGGCCGCGUCCUGGUCCACUGCCAGGCAGGCAUCUCCCGUUCGGCCACCAUCUGCCUGGCCUACCUGAUGAAGAGGAAGCGCGUGCGUCUAGACGAGGCGUUCGAGUUUGUGCGACGCCGCCGCUCCAUCAUCUCGCCCAACUUUAGCUUCAUGGGCCAGCUGCUGCAGUUCGAGUCCCAGCUGCUCGCCACCUCAUGCGCCGCCGAGGCCGCCGCCACCGCCAGCCCGCUGCUGGCACCCAAGACGUCGUCGGGAGUGGCGUCGGCCACCGCCACGCCCACUUCGCCCUUCAUCUUCAACUUCCCUGUGUCGGUGGUGAACCCCGCCUACCUGCACCACAGUCCUCUCACCAUGUCGCCGGGCUGCUGAUGGCUCGCCGUGACACUCCAAACGCUUCCUGGCUCUCAAACCAGCUUCUUCCAAUAAGUGACCAAAAAAAAAACCUUGACUUUCAAGCAGGUUUGUGCGCUGGACUUAAAAGUGACACACGCUGUUGACAUGCAUUGACACUCAUGAUGAUGAACACGUUUGGUACGAAGAUGGACUCUGUUGCACAUUUCCAGUAAAACUCUUUGUCAGGUGAAGCUGAGGAGUUUUGAAACAAUUUCCCGUGGAAUUUAUGAGAAUUGAUGGUAAUGUAAUAUGAAACCGACAUGAAAGCAAAGAAUC